AUGGAUAUACGAAAUUUUUUUGGCAAAACUGGCGGAACAUCUGGUAACAAAAAAAACGCGGAAAAGGUCGUCGAGAACACCAAGAGACAACCUAAAAAACGAGUGACUAAAAAAAGGGGCAUAAAUGAUUCUGACGAAGAAGAAACAAGUAGUAAAAUUCCAUUGCCUGUAAGUAAUCAGGAUGAGAAUCAAACGGACAAUAAAGGAAAAAGUAAAAGAAAACAAAAGAAAAUAAAAGUUGAAGAAGCUAUCAAGGAGGUAGCCAUUAAGGAAGAAGCUAUUGAGGAAGAAACCGCAAGCAAAUAUUCCUCUGAUAAGAGAAUAACUCGAAUUGAUAGUAAAGCUCGUAAAUCUGAACUUCAAAGUCUUCACAAUGAUGAAUCUAAACCUACUGAAAUAACAAAAUCAAACACAAAUAAGGGAUUUACAACUGGCCCACCCGCACCAGGAUCCAAAGAAAUACCAGUAGGAUCAGACAAUUGCUUAUUAGGUAUGACCUUUGUAUUCACGGGAGAUUUGGAAUCUUUAAAUAGGGAAGAGUCACAAGACCUCGUUAAAAAAUAUGGGGGUAAAGUGACCGCUGGCCCAAGUUCACGUACAUCGUAUGUUGUCGUUGGUGAAGAUCCUGGACCCAAGAAAAUGGAAAAGGUUCAACAACUUAAAAUUCCAACUUUAACCGAAGAUCAACUGUUAGAGCUUAUCAGGACAUCUCCAGGGAAAUCUGAUUCUUUUAAUAAAAGCCCAAAGAUGACGAAAUCGCGAGUUGAAAAUAUUGUAAAAGAUUCUGUACAAAUUUCUAAUUCUUCGGAUUCUUCGGAUACAGAAAAUCUGAUGUCGCAAUUAUGGACUGAGAAAUAUAAGCCGAAAUCAAUCAAAGAAAUUUGUGGUAAUAAGUCGCAAGUGGAAAAUCUUCAAAAAUGGCUAAAUGCAUGGGAAUCAAACCAUAAAACAGGAUUCAAAUUUCAAUCGAAUAAUCUAUAUCCAGCAGCAUUAAUUUCCGGAAAUCCGGGAAUCGGCAAAACUACUGCUGCGCAUUUAAUUGGUAAACUUGAAGGUUAUGACGUGAAAGAAUUUAAUGCUAGUGAUACCAGGAACAAAAAAGAACUUGAUGAAGUUGUUAAAAUAACUACUCAAAAUACUUCUAUUGCGGGAUUCUUUCAUCAUGAAUCUUUACAAGGCUCCAAGAGAAAAAAUGCAAAUAAAAUUCUGAUUAUUAUGGAUGAAGUUGAUGGUAUGUCCGCUGGAGACAGGGGUGGAAUGGCUGAACUUGUAAAAUUAAUUAGGAAAACGCAGGUUCCGAUUAUUUGUAUAUGCAAUGACCGUAAGUCUCCAAAAAUACGUUCGUUGUUGAAUGUGUGUCAGGAGUUUAAAUUUCAGAAACCCAGAGUUGAACAAAUCCGAUCAAGAAUUAUGACUAUCGCAACAAGGGAAAAAAUCAAAUUUAAUACAAUUAAUGUGGUAGAUGAACUUGUUAAAGGUGCUAAUGCAGAUAUUCGUCAAAUUCUGACUUUGCUUUCUUCAUUAAAAUAUUCACAUAACACGAUAAAUUAUGAAGAUGCAAAGGAAUUUGGGAAAGCAUCAGAAAAAGAUGCUGAUAUGAAUCUAUGGGAAAUGGCAUAUAUGAUUCUUGGCACUUCAACAUGGAAUCCGCGCAACAAAUCUAAUUUGAAUGAUAAGUUGGAUCUAUAUUUUCUCGAAUCCGAUUUAUUACCUUUAAUGAUUCAAGAAAAUUAUUUGAAAAUUAAACCUGAACGUGCCACUGGAUUUGUUAAAAACAAUGAAGGUAAUCCACAUUUCCUUGAACAGCUUGUGACAAUGGAAGCUCUUAGCAAGGCUGCAGAUUGCAUUUCAGACGGAGACUUGGUUGAUAGGAUGAUUCAUGGAACACAACAACAUUGGUCAUUGAUGCCUUUUCAUGGUAUGAUGUCUUGUGUCCUUCCUGCAUACUAUGCUCAUGGUAAUUCAAGUGGUCAAGCCAAUCAAUUCACAUUUCCAAGUUGGUUGGGUCAAAAUUCCAAGGCUGGAAAAUAUUCACGAUUAUUAAAAGAAAUACAAAUUCAUAUGCGAUUAAGAAUAUCUGGUGAUAAGAAUGAAGUUCGUUUGAACUACCUUCCUACAUUGUCUAAAGCUUUAUCACUUCCAUUAAUUUGCAUUAAUAAAGUUAUUAAUCUCAUGGAUUAUUAUUAUCUCACUAAGGACGAUUGGGAUGCGAUAAUGGAAUUGGGUGUUGGAUCAAAUGAUGGUGAAAAAAUAUUAAAAGAAAUUGACAAAUAUGUCAAAACGAACUUUACUAAGAGGUAUAAUGUUACUUCACACCCAAUGUCUUUCCUUAAGGCCUCCACCGUUAAUUAUAUGUCAAAAUCGGGCAGUACCAAUGAACAUCCAGACUUUGAUGAAGCAAUUGAACCAGAAGAAGAUAGUAAAGAAGAAGAGGUUACUGAUGAAGAAAAUGAUUUGUCAAAAGACAAAUUUAUUAAGACGGUAGGACAGAACACUUCCAGGGGUAAAAGAAACUCAAGCAGUGCAAGUAAUAGGGGUAGAGGCAGUAGAGGAGGGGGAAGUGGUCGAGGUAGUCGUAAAUCUGCUAGUAAGAAGUGA